AUGGUGCUGAAUCGGCUGAUUUCCUUCUCCCACGCAGGAAAACAAAAAUGCCUGAGCCCAGAGGAAGCUCUAGAACUGUUUUUCAGUUUACCGGACAAUUGCAAUGACAGUACAGAUGAGUACUGCGAAAGUUCUGAAGACGAAGAGUUUGUGCUUGCCCCUCAUGAAAGCAGCGAGGAGGACGACACUUUGCCGCCGCUACCAGGGCCGAGUACAAGCAAACGCAAAGGAAUCCGACGCAAACACUACGUUGGAAAAAGAAAAAAACAAAAGAAAUUGAAGAAGCCUUCCGAAGAGCUUGAUGACAAGACUGUGGACAACCAGUGGGACUCAUCCAAAUUUGUUGCCACAACUCCUACAAAUUGCAGUGCACUUGGAUCUCAGAAGCUUUCGCAGAGAAGCACUGUACUUGAAACAUUCUCUCUGUAUUUUGAUGACGAUGUUAUGAAGCAUAUUGUCGAUCAAACCAACCUAUACGCAGCACAAACAAACCGCGCAGGAUGGACGGCACUGACAUGUUUAGAGCUUCGUGCUUACAUAGGACUGCUUGUUCUGAUGAGCGUCAAUCGCAUGCACCACCUGCAAAUGUAUUGGUGCUCGGACAGCUUCUUUCAUGUAAAGGAAAUCGCGCAGGUGAUGUACAAACGCUUCCAGCUCAUAACAAACUGCCUUCACCUGAACAACAAUGACCUCAUGGCGGAUUACGGCACAAAGGACUACGAUCGGUCCUACAAAGUUCGACCUUUGAUGGACAUGAUGAACGAGAGGUUUCUGGCUAACUACACGCCAUCCAGUCAUCUCGCUGUCGACGAGAGCAUGAUACUGUUCAAAGGGCGUUCGAGCAUGAAACAGUACAUGCCCAUGAAGCCUAAAAUCAAAAGGGGCUACAAAGUUUGGUCUCUCGCGGACUCCGAGACUGGUUAUCUCCUGAAGUUCCAGCUCUACGAAGGAAAGAGCGCACACAAGCCAGAUGACGUAACCUUGGGUGAACAUGUUGUUUUGACCCUGACCGAUGGCGCCGUGCCUGCUGGCUCACAGGUAUUUUUUGAUAAUUUUUUUCGGUGUGUCUAA